CGCCAAUCAGCUCACUGGCAAAAAGUCAUUGAUGAGCUGAUCGACCCGGUCUUUCGAGAGUGCCCGAGAAUCGGGCAGGCCCUUUCGACUUUCGUGAUCCAGUGCUUCAGCGUCUUUCGAAAUCAUCCAAUGGGCCUGUGCUCUGGAAAGACACUGCUUCUGAAGUCGCAUCUCUGAUCCGGCGGCCAUGGCAUUUCUCCAGCCAGCGCCAAUCCGCCGUGCCGGCCUGCGAGGGCUGGCCAACCAGCUAUCGCGACUGUCGUCGCCCUCGUCCUCCUUCUCAACCUCCUUCUCGACCUCGACCUCGACGGCUGCCUCGCCCUUCGUCUGCCGCCAGUGUCUCAGGACCACCGGUCAGAAAACACCUGCAGCUCCCUCUCUGAUUGCCUCCCUGGCUCGCUCCCGGACCAUCCAACAGCUCCAGCGCCCGCUCUCUUCUCCGGCCCGAUCUCUCAACACCACCGCCAACAAGAAGAGCACCGUCUCUCCAGCUGCGAGUCUCGAAUAUGCCGCCGAGCCGGCCUCCGGAUCCAACGACAAGUCCAAUUCAAAGAGCUCUUCUUUCCCAGAUACCAGCUCCAAGUCUGUCGCCUACUGGCUGCUGGGCAGUGCCGCCAGCGUCUUUGGCAUCGUCGUCUUUGGUGGCCUGACCCGCCUGACCGAGUCUGGCCUGAGUAUAACAGAAUGGCGUCCCGUCACCGGCUCCCUCCCUCCCAUUUCCCCCGAGGACUGGGAGUCCGAAUUCGCAAAGUACCGCGCCUCGCCCGAAUACGUCAAGCUGAACCCGCACAUGGACCUUGACGAGUUCAAGAAGAUCUACUUCAUGGAGUGGACCCACCGCCUCUGGGGUCGCGUCAUCGGCAUGACCUUCGUGCUGCCCACCAUCUACUUCAUCGCCCGCAGGAGGGUCACCAAGCGCAUGGCCUGGAACCUCGUCGGCAUCUCCGCCCUGAUCGGCUUCCAGGGCUUCAUCGGCUGGUGGAUGGUCGCCUCGGGCCUCAAGGACGACCUGUUCGCCCCGGGCGCCCACCCCCGCGUCUCUCAGUACCGCCUGACCACCCACCUGUCCACCGCCUUCGUCUGCUACUCCUGGAUGCUCCUCGCCGGCCUCUCCAUCCUGCGCACCCGCAGGCUGCUCGCCGACCCCGCCGCCGCCUCCAAGCUCUCCAAGGUCCUGUCCAGCCCCGCCCUCGCCCCCUUCAAGCGCUACACCGCCGCUCUGACUGCCCUCGUCUUCGUCACCGCCAUGUCCGGCGGCCUCGUCGCUGGCCUGGACGCCGGCCUGAUCUACAACGAGUUCCCCAUGAUGGGCACCGGCAUCACGCCUCCUCGCUCCGAGCUGUGGGACAAGUUCUACUCGCGCAAGGACGACGGCUCCGACCUCUGGUGGCGCAACAUCCUCGAGAACCCCAGCCUCGUCCAGCUCGACCACCGCAUGCUGGCCAUGACCGUGUGCGCCUCGGUGCUGGCCCUGUUCGCGUACAGCCGCUCCCGCAGGGUCAAGGCUGUCCUGCCCGCCGACGCCCGCAAGGGCGCCAUGGGCCUGCUGCACCUUAUGCUCAUACAGGUCACCCUGGGCAUUAGCACCCUCAUCUACAUCGUGCCCACCCACCUGGCCGCCACCCACCAGGCCGGCGCCCUGGCCCUGUUGACCGGCGCCCUGGUCCUGGGGAGCAGGCUGAGGAUCCCAAGGGGGACCAUGAGGCUGGUCGAAAGGCAGCUCAAGACAAUGCAGCAAAAGAAGUGAUGUGUGCGCGGUAGACUUCUAGAAAUGUUUUUUUUUCGGGCUACGCAUAGCGUUGGAUUUUCAGAUUCAUGACUCAAUCUAGAUAUCUAUGUAGAUAUGUGCGGCGACAGCCCACUGGCAGACAUUGGUUGCCAUUCCGUCCGAACCGGCAAAGUUCGUUGGGCACAAUGAAUCACAUCUCUACUCCUCCAAUAUAAAGAGUUCAGCAUCUCGGCACGCUUGAUACGGUCGGUUGCAGUGAUUGCCGAUACAAACAAAUCUGCCGAAUAGUUACCGCAUCUUGUUGAUUUCAUGUUAGACGCGGUCAAGUUGUGCUCAAUUAUCAUAUGGAGGUUCAAAGAGGCAAUGGACUCA